UGUGAGUCCAAGCCGCUUCGUUCUUUUUCAGUGUCAGAGAAGAGAAGAAGAGGUGUGAUUUAAUUUUUAUCCUUUUUAAUACUUUUCCGUCCUCUCUCUUACCCUUUUCUCCUCUCCGGUCGUCCUUUCCAAUUCCGGUCGGGAAGGAAGAUGCCUCGCGCUUCAUCGAAAAAAACGGGGCAAUCAAAUUCUACCGCCGUCAACGCCUCCGGUGAUCUCUUUCGUUCCGCUUCAAAUAAGGCUAGUUCAAAGGAGUUGGAAAGAAUUGAUCACUUGUUCUAUACAUAUGCUAAUAGAUCGUCGGGUUUGAUUGAUCCGGAAGGUAUAGAGACAUUAUGUUCGGACAUGGAAGUCGAUCAUACAGAUGUCAGAGUACUCAUGCUUGCAUGGAAAAUGAGUGCUGAGAAACAAGGUUACUUCACUCUGGAGGAGUGGCGGAAAGGUCUUAAGGCUCUGAGGGUUGAUACAAUUGUAAAAUUAAAGAAGGCACUCCCUGAGCUCGAGAAAGAGGUUAGAAGGACAUCAAAUUUUGUGGACUUCUAUCAAUAUGCAUUUUGUUAUUGUCUUACAGAGGAGAAACAGAAGAGCAUAGAUAUUGAAAGCAUCUGUCAAUUGUUGGAUCUUGUAUUAGGAUCCCAAUUCCGAGCCCAAGUUGACUACUUUAUUGAGUAUUUGAAAGAUCAGACUGAUUACAAGGUCAUAAACAUGGACCAGUGGAUGGGAUUUUACCGGUUCUGCAAUGAGAUAAGUUUCCCAGACUUCAGCAACUAUGAUCCAGACCUAGCUUGGCCUUUGAUCCUGGACAACUUUGUUGAUUGGAUGAAAGCAAAGCAAAGCUAAAUCAAUCAGCAAAUAUCCCUGCUGUCGGAAUAACUGCUAUAUCCUUUCAUGGAGAUAUACAUGACUAAUUCAUCCCGACAGAAGCAUGAUAGUGGGAUUGGGGGUUUACUUGUAAAAGUGUUCAUUGUCAUACUUAUAUGUGGAAUUGCAGGAUUUCUAUAUGGUUCCCAUUUUUAGAUCACAGCAAUAGAUAUUUGGAGUUUAAUAUGGCAACCAACUUAUGAGAAGUUGUUUAGAUCAUCUAUAGUGCUUUACUUCCUUAAUACUAGUUAUUUGUUACAAACUCAUUGUUAAUAUUGAUGAUGUUAUUCUUCCUUAAAAGGAGUUGUGCUGGUCUGUUUGGAUUGUA